GCUGGUGGUGCUGAAGCUGAACAAGAUGGCUGAGAGCUGGGCACCGGAGAGCUGAGAGAGAGCGGCAGGCGCUCAGACACGCCACGGAAAGAGAGACACGGGGCUGCGACGCCGGCCUUCUCUGCCCGAGCGAGAGGACGGCGAACGGGUUGAUGUUUUUUCUCCCGUUUGGGGUUGGUUUCUGUUUUUUAUACCGGCUGUCACGAAGCCAGCCGGACUCCGCAGCCGCUGCUAAACCAGCGACGCCUGGCUUCACCCAUCUCCAGCUCAGCCGCCCAUCGUCCGCCGGGCUGGGUUCAGCCAACGAUUAUCCGCGCCAACAAGGGAGCUGGAGAAGAAGCUGGAGCCUGGACGUAAAGGAGCGUAUAAGAAAUGUCAUUGCUGUGUGUUGGAGUAAAGAAAGGCAAGCUCGAUGGACCCCAAGAGAAAUUUAACACAUACGUGACCCUCAAGGUGCAAAAUGUUAAGAGCACAACCAUCGCUGUGCGAGGCAGCCAACCAUCCUGGGAGCAGGACUUCAUGUUUGAGAUAAACCGCCUGGAUCUGGGCCUCACGGUGGAGGUGUGGAACAAAGGACUGAUCUGGGACACCAUGGUGGGGACCGUGUGGAUCCCGCUGCACAGCAUACGGCAGUCCAAUGAGGAGGGUCCGGGUCAGUGGCUGACCCUAGACAUGAAUGUGAUCAUGGCUGAGAAUGAGAUCUGCGGCACCAAAGACCCGACCUUCCACAGGCUGCUGCUCGACACGCGCUUUGAGCUGCCAUUAGACAUUCCAGAGGAAGAGGCUAGAUACUGGGCCAAGAAACUUGAACAGCUUAACGCAAUGAGAGAUCAAGAUUAUGCCUACCAAGAGGAACAAGAGCAGUCGCUCCAUGCCCCCUCCACACAGUGCUGUAAUUGGAGCCUGUGGGGAGACCAGCAGAACGAGGACCCAGACAGCGCCGUCGAUGACAGGGACAGCGACUACCGCAGUGAGACCAGCAACAGCAUCCCGCCUCCCUUCUACACCACCUCCCAGCCCAAUGCUUCCAUGCACCAGUACCCAAUGCGCCAUCAAAACUACAGACACUCCUACAGUGAUGACAUCCACGAGCUGGACUACGAUCACAGAACCUUGAGACGCUAUGAUAGUUUAGACUCUGCCACCAACGAGCGCAGCGAUAUCGACUCAGGCUCGGGGUCGAGCCGGCGCACCAGUCGUCAGUAUUCUCUAGACAGUAGGCACUCUCUGUCCGAUAGUCCCACAGACAGCCGUUACGCCUCGUCAGGCGAGCUGAGCCGAGGAAGCUCUCAGCUUAGCGAGGAGUUCGCUCCGGAGGAUGGGGAAAGCUUUCAGGGUUCGGAGUUCUACGACGAAAACGACUCGUACCACUCCUGCCACUCAUCCGUCAGCUAUGGCAAAGAAGACUCCCCGGGCUGGGAGGGGGAGGACCACCACGGGGGCUACAGCGACGACGGAGGCUAUCUCAAAGACGGGGGCGAAGAGGGCGCACUGUUUGACGAAGAGGAAGGUGAGAUUUACGCAGAGGAAGGGCAGUACAACUACGAAGAUGAAGAAGAGACGCGGUACAGGGCCGAAGAUAUGUACCCACCGGGUGACAAACAAAGCCAAGACAAAGAGGCGACCAACACGACAGCCCCCCCGAGCUCUGCGCCCACCUUGAUGCCGCCGUCUGAUGGCCUGUCUUCCACCAGGCCGCCUUUGGAGAAACAAGCGUCCUUGCAUCAGCAGAGGCUGGCCCAGGAUCAGACCCAGUCGCCCAGUGCAGCUCUUGAACUACCUCCGGUCUCUCAGGACGGCGCCUUGCCCUUCGAUGCUACAGAUUCCAUCAAGCCUUCCUUUGCACCCUCACAGCAACAAACAUCUGUCACAACAACUUCCACCCCAACGAUCCCAUGCCAGGUCCCACCUCAGGACACCAAGCCCCAGGAGCCAGAGCCCAAAUCUGAAACCCCUGUGGAGGAGCUGCUUCCUUUUGAACAGCCCCCAGCAGCAGAAACUGUGCAACCUGCUCCUGAGGAGAAACACGAAGAGGUUCCUGUUCCAAGCUUCCCAAAGAGAGAAAUCAUGGAGCCAGGUCCUGCUAGAGCCAAAGCCAACUGGCUUCGCCUUUUCAGCAGGGUGCGACUACAGCUGCAAGAGGCGAGAGGAGAACAUGUUGGGAUUGCCUCGCUGCUUUUAUCUGCAGGCAUGGGUGGUGCUCUGUACAGCAUUGAUAGCAUGCCAGACCUUAGAAAAAGGAAAGCAAUGCCUCUGGUCAGAGAUCUGGCAAUGUCUUUGGUCCAGAACUCCAGAAAGGCCGGCAUCACCUCCGCCCUAACGUCCAGCACCCUGCAUAACGAAGAACUGAAGAGUCACGUCUACAAGAAGACCCUGCAGGCCCUCAUAUAUCCGAUCUCUUGCACCACGCCACACAAUUUCGAAGUGUGGACAGCCACCACUCCAACCUACUGCUACGAGUGUGAAGGACUGCUGUGGGGUAUCGCUCGCCAAGGCAUGCGCUGCACCGAGUGUGGAGUCAAAUGCCACGAGAAGUGCCAGGACCUGCUCAAUGCUGACUGUCUACAAAGAGCCGCAGAGAAGAGCUCCAAACACGGUGCAGAGGACAGAACCCAGAACAUCAUUAUGGUUCUUAAAGACCGCAUGAAGAUCCGCGAGAGGAACAAACCAGAGAUCUUUGAACUCAUCCAGGAAGUGUUUGCUUGCCCCAAGUCCACCCAUGUCACCCAUAUGAAGCAGAUCAAACAGAGCGUGCUUGACGGCACCUCCAAAUGGUCGGCCAAGAUCUGCAUCACAGUGCUGUGUGCUCAGGGUCUCCAAGCCAAAGAUAAAACUGGUUCUAGUGAUCCCUAUGUAACCGUCCAGGUGGGGAAGACCAAAAAGAGGACCAAAACUAUCUACGGCAACCUCAACCCUGUCUGGGAGGAAACGUUCAAUUUUGAAUGCCACAACUCCUCAGACCGCAUUAAGGUGCGAGUGUGGGAUGAGGACGAUGACAUCAAGUCUCGUGUGAAGCAGAAGUUCAAGCGGGAGUCUGACGACUUCCUCGGUCAAACUAUCAUCGAGGUCCGCACUUUGAGCGGAGAGAUGGACGUCUGGUACAAUCUUGACAAACGUACGGACAAAUCAGCCGUGUCUGGGGCUAUCCGGAUGCGCAUCAAUGUGGAGAUUAAAGGAGAGGAGACAGUCGCUCCGUAUCACGUUCAGUACACCUGUCUGCAUGAGAACCUCUUUCAUUACGUAACAGACAUCCAGAAUAACGGCGUGGUGAAGAUUCCUGACGCGAAAGGGGAUGAUGCUUGGAAAGUUUAUUUUGAGGAGACUCCCCAAGAAAUAGUGGACGAGUUUGCCAUGCGCUAUGGGGUGGAGUCCAUCUACCAAGCUAUGACCCACUUUGCCUGCUUGUCAUCCAAGUACAUGUGCCCGGGUGUUCCUGCAGUCAUGAGCACCCUGCUGGCCAACAUCAACGCCUACUACGCCCACACCACCCAGGCCACCAACAAUGUUUCUGCGUCUGACCGCUUCGCUGCUUCAAAUUUUGGAAAAGAGCGAUUUGUCAAGCUUCUGGAUCAGCUGCACAACUCUCUGAGGAUAGACCUCUCCAUGUAUCGAAACAACUUCCCAGCCAGCAGUCCUGAGAGGCUACAGGACCUCAAGUCCACCGUCGACCUCCUCACCAGUAUUACCUUCUUCAGAAUGAAGGUUCAGGAGCUCCAGUCUCCACCCAGAGCCAGUCAGGUUGUAAAGGAUUGUGUGAAAGCCUGCCUCAACUCCACCUACGAGUACAUCUUUAAUAACUGCCAUGAGCUCUACAGCCGCGAGUACCAAACAGAUCCGGCCAAGCAGGGAGCUGUGCCUCCAGAGGAGCAGGGACCCAGUAUCAAGAACCUGGACUUCUGGUCCAAACUCAUCACACUUAUUGUGUCCAUCAUUGAGGAGGACAAAAACUCUUACACUCCCUGCCUGAACCAAUUUCCCCAGGAGCUCAACGUGGGUAAAAUAAGUGCCGAAGUGAUGUGGAAUCUGUUUGCUCAGGACAUGAAGUAUGCAAUGGAAGAACAUGAGAAAAACCGCCUGUGUAAGAGUGCCGAUUACAUGAACCUGCACUUUAAGGUUAAGUGGCUGUACAACGAGUACUGCAAAGACCUUCCCUUCUUCAAGAGUCGAGUGCCUGAAUAUCCUGCCUGGUUUGAGCCAUUCGUCAUCCAGUGGCUGGACGAAAACGAGGAAGUCUCUCGCGACUUUUUGCAUGGAGCUUUGGAAAGAGACAAAAAAGAUGGGUUCCAGGUCACAUCAGAGCAUGCUCUGUUCUCCUGUUCGGUGGUGGAUGUUUUCUCCCAGCUCAACCAGAGCUUUGAGAUCAUCAGAAAGUUAGAGUGUCCAGAUCCACAGAUUGUAGGACACUACAUGAAGCGAUUUGCCAAGACCAUCAGCAAUGUUCUUCUGUCCUAUGCUGAUAUAAUCUCUAAGUUGUUUGCCAACUAUGUUACCAUGGAGAAAGUGCCCUGCAUCCUGAUUAACAACAUCCAGCAGCUAAGGGUUCAGCUGGAGAAGAUGUUUGAAGCCAUGGGUGGGAAAGACCUGUGUGUGGAGGCCAGCGAUAUUCUAAAAGACCUGCAGGUGAAGCUCAACAACGUCAUGGAUGAUCUGAGCCGGGUCUUUGCUGUCAGUUUCCAGCCUCAUAUUGAAGAAAAUGUGAAGCAGAUGGGCGACAUCUUGGCUCAGGUGAAGGGAACGUCGAAUAUAGGGAACGCCAGCAGCGUGGCCCAGGAUGCUGACAACGUCCUGCAGCCAAUCAUGGAGUUCCUGGACAGCAACCUUUCUUUGUUUGCUAAGAUUUGUGAGAAGACUGUGCUAAAACGUGUGCUGAAGGAGCUGUGGAAGUUGGUAAUGAACACUAUGGAGAAAACCAUCGUUCUGCCUCCACUCACAGACCAAACGAUGAUUGGGAGGCUGAAGAGUGCUUCUCACAGUGAUGGCACUCAGCUCAUCUUCAAUGCUGCCAAGGAGCUCGGACAGCUGUCCAAACUGAAGGAGCACAUGGUUCGUGAGGAGGCCAAAGCACUAUCACCCAAGCAGUGCGCUGUGAUCGAGCUGGCUCUGGACACCAUCAAGCAAUACUUCCAUGCUGGUGGUGUGGGUCUGAAGAAGACAUUCCUGGAGAAAAGCCCCGACCUCCAGUCUCUCCACUACGCCCUGUCCCUCUACACUCAGGCCACUGACAAACUCAUUAAGACCUUUGUCCAGUCGCAAAACGCCCAAGUGUUCGGCGGGAAGGGGGUGAGAUUCACCACUAGUGAGGAUGUUUACCCAGAAAAGGGCACCGGAGUGGAUGAUGCUGUGGGCGAAGUGUCCAUCCAUGUGGAGGUUUUCACGCAUCCAAACACUGGCGAACACAAAGUCACAGUGAAAGUGGUGGCAGCCAACGACCUGAGGUGGCAGACGCAGGGAAUAUUCCGCCCGUUCGUGGAGGUCUACAUCAUCGGCCCCCACCUGAGCGACAAGAAGAGGAAGCACGCCACCAAGUCAAAGAACAACAGCUGGGCUCCCAAAUACAAUGAAACCUUCACUUUCACCCUGAGCAACGAGGUGGGUCCGGAGUGCUACGAGCUGCAGGUGUGCGUGAAGGACUACUGCUUCGCCCGAGAGGACCGCACCGUGGGCAUGGCCGUCCUGCAGCUGAAGGACGUGGCCUCUAAGGGCAGCGCCGCCUGCUGGCUGCCGCUAGGUAAGCGCAUCCACAUGGACGAGACAGGCCUCACCGUCCUGCGCAUCCUCUCCCAACGCAACAACGACGACGUGGCCAAGGAGUUCGUCAAGCUCAAGUCCGACCAGCGCUCCGCAGAGGAGGGCCGUGGCUAAAUUAAACUUUCUUCUUUUUUUUUUUUUUUUUUUAAAAAGGCAAAGUGGGGCUUAAAAAUGCCGCGUCUGGAGCUCAGUCAGACAGCCACUGCCCCCGGGGCUCUCCUGAGCCACUGCAAGUCACUGCCAGGGUAAUCCAGUGUUGUAAAAGCACAGAUAAGACAGGAGUCACCACACGCCCAGUGCUGUAAAUACAUUUAUUUCAGUGGAGGAGACACAAAGCAAAAAGAGAAGCGUCACCAAGUCCACGAGUGUCUUUAUCGCUACUUGUGUGUUUAACUAUCCUUUUGACUAACAGUAGAGUUUCCUUUCGUGUCGUGGAGAAACACAAACGCUUCUCGAGUGGCCGGGUUGAGAAUUUACGUUGUAGCCUCCAAAUAUUUCCUUCUCACGUUUCUCCCUGCCUUUCUAAGUCUCUGCCCUCUCAUCCCUCCCCACUGGCACGUGCCCCACUCAGCGAAAAGGGACCGCAAGUGCCAACAGAUAAUUGCUGAAACACGCCAAGACCAUUCCCAAGCACAACAGGACCAACCGUCCACCCGACCCACAGCAGAAACGGGCUCAAAAGAUAUCGGGAACAAAGCACUUUUAAUUAAUCGUUCGACGUUAUCGCUUUCUUAUUCUAGAUCUAUAUUUAUAUUUCGAUAAUUCUAUAUAUGAUCAUUUAAAUAUACAUAUAAUAUAUACAAAGGAAAGAUGUAAUCUUACAGGAUUGGUCGAUGGACGUGUGGUAAAUGAAAGAUUGUCUUUCUACCUUGUAACAGAGCACACUGCCUGACACCCUGGACACCUUCUGUCUUGUUGACCCUCGUCCUCUUGUCUGUGUCCUGCGUGAGUUCAGCACAGAGAGCGAAAUCUGAUGAAGCACCUCUGAGCACUGUGAUUCAUCAGAUUAAAUGUAAAUAUGUGUGAGUCAGUGAGUGUGCGUGAGUGAAGCAGCAUGUGUGGCUGUUGGGAUGUUGACCUCACGUUGCCGGUUACCUGCAAAGAGAAGCCAUCACAAUGUUUAUUUGGAGGAAUCAGUUUAGUUUUUUUUUUUUUUUUUGCUUUGGUUACAUUUUAAAGGCCAAAACCUUGAUAUUUCUAACCUUUAUCUUUUACUGCAAACAUUCCUUACAGCCCCGUCUGGGUCUGACAGCAGUGCAUUACAGAGGAGAGAUUAAAUCCCACCUCAUUUUCUUUAGCAGAAAUAUAUAUAUAUAAAUAAAAAAAAAAGCACCUGACUGCCAAAUAAGGAGAUUAUUUAAACGAAAACAAACAAACAAACGUGCAUUGAGAAAAUAUUUUGCUAAGUAGCAUCAUGUGAGGUGAAAUAUGUCACUUACCCCUCCUCCCCUGAGUGAGCACAGAUCUGCAAUGAUCCGACACCGUUUUCACAUUUCUGUCACCUUCCAACCACAAACUUCAGCGUAUUUUAAUUAAGGAUUUUAAGGGAUUGACCAACACA